UCUUCUCGAGAGGGGUGCUCCCGCAUCGCUCGGUUCGCCUCAGGGUGGACUGGCACGGAGUUGGGCUUCUAAUGCGUAGGGGGGGCUCUCUCGUGAAGUCGCCCGCGUCUCGAGCGGGAGAAACCAUUCGGCUGUGCGGGGCAGUCAGGAUCCGUUGGCGCGAUAGCGCUAACGACGUGUGUAAUUGGGUCGCCGGCGGGAAAAGGGCCGGUACGAUCGAGUCCGUGAUGGAAGUGGACUUCUGAGUGGGGAAGAAGACAAUCCCAUCGUUGGUGCGGAAUCACGUUAUGAUUGUUCUCUCGGUGAAGUAGUACGGAUCGCUCGGUACUUUGAGAUGGACUGGUAUUGGGGUUCCUUGGUCAGGAGGGGGAGAGGGGUUUGGCUGACGCGUCAGGGGGAUUCUGACUCUUACUCCUAUAUCGGUAAGGUGAUCCUCACUGGUUUAGGGGGGCGAAACGAGGAAGGAGAGAGGUGGCUGCUUCCAUUGUUGCCAUCUAGGAUCUGGUUCCUGUCCGGUUCGCAUCCGAAAUCAUGUUGGGCGGUCAACUGUGUAGGUGAGUAGGGGCUGAUGCCUCUACUUACCCACGGAUAGGAUACGUCUUCCUAAGGAAGUCAGUGAAAAGGGCGGCAGCUCACGCCCUGGCAGAGGAUAGUGUCUGCCGUUAGGGAAUCACACGCAGAGAUGCAUGGCGUGCCCGGUCCAGAUUAUAUCCCGAUUUGUAAGUUGUCGGUAGGUGUGCGAUUCCGUCUGCCAGUAGAAAGAUAAGUACUGCUGAGGGGGAAGAAAUGGCACGUGUCUGGUGGUGGUAGUGACAGCCUCGGGAAGGCAUUGCGGCGAGUGAAGAGUGGGCUAGCGUACUCUACGGGAUAUCUGAGCGUAAUGAGAUGAUGUGGCUUGGGCAGGGUGUGGGGCGGGUUCGAUGGGGUGGUGCGGUGACAGGGGGCCCCGUAAUGGUUUAGUCCUGGUUCGGAUAGCCAUCGGAGAACUGCAUCGAAGGAGAAAGGUUGAGGCGGUGUGAUACGGUGACGGCACGCAAGUGCGGAGGCAGUGAGUCAUCGGCUGAACCAUAGGAUGGCUGUUCUCGGCAGAGGGGGACGAUUUGUGAGAGGUUACGAAGAGAGAGGAGGUGAGUGUAAUUAGAAGUUGUCCAGAGGGUGUCAUUCGCAUUGGGUGGAGGUAUCGGGGGCUUGGGUGUAUGUUGGCGUAAAACGUGCGGGCCUUAACAGGGGAGAGCUGUCGAGUCGUGGGGUUCUGAGUACUCCUGCUAGAGGUUUAUCUAAGAGUGCACGCAUGGUCGGGAGCUGUGCUGGUCAAGAGUGGCAAAUUUAACUCCUCCUCAAAAAUCCGGGCAUCUUUGCACAGGAAUCGAGCCGGGCAUGAUUCGUAUCGUGUAGUCGGGAGACUCGGGGUCCGUAGCUGAGGAGCAGGAGAGCGAUUGCGGGAAAUUAUCACUUGGUAGCUGCGGGUUGUGUCAUUUCUCCAUCGCGUGAAAUGGGGGUGGCAUGUUGCGGGUGUGUCGCAGUAGUUCGAUUCGAUGUGUGUACUGGAGUCGAGUCGGUAAGGCCGGUAUUUGCAGUGCUGUCAAACCGGGUGGAGGGCAAUGGCGGAACGCUACAUGCAAGGGUCUGCUAGUGGGGCUUCCAUUAGGCGGUGGAACUAACAUUCUCAGCACGAGGGCCUUCCGUGUGCCAUCAGCGUGAGUCUUUGACGCGGUAGGAGCUAGUUUCCGUCGGUAAAAAGACUAUUCAGGCUGUGGGUGCUUCGUUCAAAAAGGUUCGCACGCGGAUCGCGGAGGUGCAUUGCCUGGUGGGCUCGUCGGGUCGGGGUAUUGUUUGGGAUUCCUCUCAUGCUUUAGCUGAGGCUAGUCGUUGGUAGUAGGCAUGACUUCGCGUCUCUUCGCGGGUCCGACCUAGGUCCGUUGAAGCUCCGCAAAUUAGUCGGAGUCGGACUACGUCAUGGGAUAUCUCUCUCGGGGGGUUUGGGAAUUUCGGAUGCGAUAACUUGUCAUUUAUACAUGGCGGCCGGACGGGGAGUUCUUCCUGCCAAAAGUAGUUUGUGGGAUUCAGGUGUGAUCGCGAAUCCAGUAGAUUCUAUAUACAGCUGGGUCUGUUUGCUUCUCCCCGUCUCUGAGUCAAUCGCCCUGGAUUUGUUGUGGGUUGCGAGGGGUGUACUGUUGCUGAGCUCAUCUUUAAUUUGUGUUCUCUUGAUUCGUAUUCGUUCUCGGUGGGGACGGGUUUUGAGUCGUUUCCUUCGAUCCUGUAUUCGAGGGUUCUCUAAGUAUGCGUUUUCCAUGGGCUCGAGUGGCCCAUGUCUGGGCGGUUAUAAGGUCUGGUCAAAAAUCGGAGAUUCGUACGUCUGGGACAGGGUGCUGUAGUAACGUUGUAAUUCAACCGCGGGUCGGUGAUAGGCUCCGUAGUAUCGAUGCAAGGGACGAGCUGGUGAACUAUGCUGCGUCGGCGGGUGCUGGAGGCGCGGGGGCUCCGCUCUCGUCUCUCCCCUCCCUCUUUCUCCCCUCUGUGCCCCCCUCUUGCUCAGUGGCGUUGUGUGGGGAAAGUAGAUCCCCUGCAAAUGGGAGCGGGUCUAAAGGCGAAUUCCUAAUCUUUGCGGUGGGGGCGGCAACAACUGUCCGGGGGUAGGCAAACGAGAUAUGCAUUAUCGGGGGGUCCAGUGUAUCUUGGGCUUUCAAAUCAAGAUACGGGUUUGCGUCAUAUCCGGCAGUAUUUCGUGAGAUUCAUGUCAAGGGGGGUGGUAGCUCGUCUUUAUAUGAGGGUUGCUCUAUCUACAGUAGCGUCUCUUCUACUCGCUGGUCGCGCCGCAUCGGAUUCGUUCUGCGUUCGGGGUCCUCCUCUAUCUCUUCCUCUCUCCCUCCUCUCUUCUCUGUCUUCAAUUUCGUGCUGUCUCUCGUCCCUCCGUCUCGUUCCUUCCUUCCCUACGCUUCUCUCAUCUCCAGUCCCGGUUAGGUCGUGCAUAAUCUUCUCUCCUUCUCGUUCAGGUGGCGCCCAUGCUGCUCUCCCACCUCUCGGAUCCCUCUCGAGUGGGGGGAGACUCCCGUUAUGCAUCGCCCGCUCUUCUCUCGCCUCUCCCUCUCUUCUCUCUCUCGCUCUUUCGUCGAUGUAUUCUCUUCCUGCUUUGCCCCCUCUCUCCUCCCCAGCUAAGGAGUUAGUGUGUAGACUGAUGGAGGUGGACCAGAUGCUGAGAAUCACAGCUGCAGAUGCUCUCUUACAUGAGUGGUAAGCACACACACACACACACACACACACACACACACACACACACACACACACACACACACGCACACACGCACACACGCACACACACACACACACCCGCGCACGCGCACACACACAACAAACUAACUAAUUGAAUCUCUGCCGUUCAUUUGCUUACGUUUCUGUCUAUCAGGAUUGCUGGUAACGGGGCCUCAGAGAAGAACCUGAAGGAUGGAGUGUGUGCCCAGUUUGAGAAGAACUUUGCUAAGGCCAAGUGGAAAGUAAGAAUAGUACUCCCACAUGUUUUUACUCAAAAGCUUCAACGUUUAUUGGUCAUGUGCACAGGAUACAGCAAGUGUAAAACAGUAGUCCUACUAUAUGUCCUCUGUUGAUAUUUAACCCCUGUGUUCUAUAUACCACAUAAAUUCCCAUAACUUCAUUAACUUGCCUGGAUUAAAUUGAUGUUGACCAUCAUGAUGGUGAUAAUGAUGGUGACGACAACGAGGAUUAUGAUGAUGAUGGUUAUAAUUAUCAUGAUGAUGAUGGUGAUCUGUAGUCCUCUGUAGCUCAGCUGGUAGAGCACAGCGCUUGUAACGCCAAGGUAGUGGGUUCGAUCCCCGGGACCACCCAUACACAAAAAAAAAAAAAAAAAAAAUGUAUGCACGCAUGACUGUAAGUCGCUUUGGAUAAAAGCGUCUGCUAAAUGGCAUAUUAGUAUUAGUGAUGACAAAUUAUGGUGAUGAUGAUGUGAUGACGAUGAUGAAGAUGUUGCUUCCAGAGUAGGCUGGUGGGCGGAGCUACAGUGUUUGAUACCGUUCCAUUUAUUCCAUUACAAGCAAUGAGCCCGUCCUCCUGUAUCUCAGCCCACCAGCCUCCUCUGGUUUUUGUAAUGAUGAUGGUGAUGACGUAUAUCCAGGAGGAUAGUGAUGCAGUAGCAGCAUGAUUAACCUCCCUAACCCUCUUCUCUCCCCUGCAUGUGGUUCCCAGGAACUGAAGGUACUGUGCUCACUAUGAGUCUGGAGAGGGGGAGAGAGGGAGAGAGAGAGAGAGAGAGAGAGAGAAGAGAGAGAGAGAGAGAGAGACCGAGAGAGAGAGAGAGAGAAAGAGAGCGAGAGAGGUGUAGAGGGGGAGAGAGAGGCGAAUAGAGAGCGAGAGAAGACGAGAAGAGAGAGAGAGAGACCGAGAGAGAGAGAGAGAGAGAGAGAGAGAGAGAGAGAGAGAGAGAGAGAGAGAGAGAGAGAGACAGAGAGAGAACAGUAAGACUCUCAAAUACAGCAAUCGUUUUCUCUCUUGUUCACUCGUUUCUCAGUAAGUUAAUAACUUAUCAGGUUUUUAGUGUAAAAAAAUAUGUUCUUCUCAAUGACAUACCUGGCUGAAGAAAUAAGAAUGCGUUCCAAAUGGUACCCUAUUCCCUGUGGGCCCUGGUCUAAAGUAGUGCACUAUAAAGGGAAUAGGGUGUCAUAGGGCUCUGGUCUAAAGUAGUGCACUAUAAAGGGAACAGGGUACCAUUUGGGACACACACUAGGAGUCUCAAAGGAGACUUAUUCAGAUGUACACCAUCAGUGUAUUUCUGUUAACUUGAGAGAGAAACAGAGAGGAAACGUGUCUGAUUGGUGAGAUUAAGUCUCUCUUCCCUAAGCCCCUCCCACUCCGAUCCAGCCCACUGUCACUCGGCCAAUCCCAGAAGAGUUCCAUCCGCUCUUUCCCCCUCCUCUUCUUCGGGUGCAUCUCAAGUGUUCUUCCUUUCCUUGCUUCCCUUCCUUUCCUUCAUCUGCACUGAUCUAGGCCUAGGAAACAUGGGUUAAGUGAAAGCAAAAUGGCCGAAGAACAUGAAGGACAUCUGCUUUUCCCUGUCCAACUCUGUUGGGAUCAGUGCAGAUGAAGUGUUGAGAUGCAGUGAUUGACUAUCCAGCCCGGCCCUGUCUCAGUCUCAUUCCUCUCAAGUAGUUCCUGGUUCAUUGAUUCAUUGCUUCAGUCUCGUUGUAGAAAUCACACAACCAAUCACAGUCUGGCUCUGUAUCUGAACUGCAGUGUUCAUUACUGAUAUCAGUUCAGUGCUUCAAUGCUAAAUAUUUGUCAUUAGACUGUAUCUCCCCAUAUGUUCUCCCAUUAAGACCAAACUGUCCAUACCAGAGGUAAUACUGUAAAGAUGUACAGUACUGGGAUGUAUUGUCUGAUUACAUCUUUCUCUCCCCCCCCCCCCCCCCCCCCCCCCCCCCCCCCCGGUCACCCUCCCUCCCCCCUCCCUCCCUCCCUCCCUCCCUCUCUCUUUUACAGAAAGCGAUCAGAGUCACCACCUUCAUGCAGCGUCUUCGUGCAUCUGAGGCUGCUGCAGCCGAGGCGGCUGUGGAGGGAGGGCAGGGGGGAGGGCAGGGGGGAGGGCAGGGGGGAGGGCAGGGGGGAGGAGGAGGUGAGGUCCAGGGUGGAGGAGGAGGAGUGGGGGAGAGUAAGGAAGGAGGGGUGACACCAGGCAGCGGAUCUCUAGAGGUGACGGUUGAAACCAGCCCGGAGCGGGAGGAGAUGAACGGGGGAGUAGGGGUGAGGAGGGGGGAGGAGGAGGAGAGGGGAGAAGGGGUGAGUGUAGAGAGUGUAGGGAGGAGGCACCCUCUAAGUCCCUCCGUAGGGAUCAACAAUGUAGGGGCCACCAAUGAACCACUCUCUCAGCCUCCCAGCCAAUCAAAUGCCAGUUCCAAACCUCCAGGGGAGGAGCCAGAGAAGCCAGCCGUGAAGAAGAUGGCCACCGCGUUGGGCCAAACCAAAACAACCCCAGAGACCAAAACACUUCCUACCCCCACCGUAACCCCUGACCUCACCAAGCCCCAGGACCCCACCCCCGUCUCCGUCCCUGACCCCGCUGAGAAGAAGCGACCGCCCUCUGUCGCUCCCGAGACUCCAACGACCCAACGACGCAAGAUGGCCGCCCAGCUCCACAACACUGGCCCAGGCCCUGCUGCUCCUACAGCUCCUGCUGCUGCCUCAACCCCUCCUACAGCUCCUGCUGCUGCCUCAACCCCUCCUACAGCUCCUGCUGCUGCCUCAACCCCUCCUACAGCUCCUGCUGCUGCCUCUACCCCUCCUACAGCUCCUGCUGCUGCCUCUACCCCUCCUACAGCUCCUGCUGCUGCCUCAACCCCUCCUACAGCUCCUGCUGCUGCCUCAACCCCUCCUACAGCUCCUGCUGCUGCCUCAACCCCUCAUACAGCUCCUGCUGCUGCCUCAACCCCUCCUACAGCUCCUGCUGCUGCCACAGCGCCACCCCUUGACAGGAGGCCGGCAGUGCAGGCUCCAGUGGAGGAGAAGAAGCAGGAGAUGGAUGAUAGCAGCUGGUGUCAGACCCAGCUCCCUGAGGCUGUGGCAGAGAGGCCUGCUGGCGUGGAGGUUGGGGUGGGGGUGGGUGUAGGGCCCAUGGGGGUAGGAGCUGGGAUAGGGCUAAGAGGUGACGCGAGCCCCAUCGGUAGAGACCGGAGGGCAGACAGGCACAGUGUAGAGUUCAGCAUGUCCAGGGGGGCACCCCAAACCGUCCGAGGGGGGGCUGCAGUUACACCAUAGGGUCCCUGGGAAGCUCUCCUGGUCUAGGCCGACACACCACCACAUACGGCCAGGAGGUGGAGCUGGGGGGGUACGGGGGUUCCUACUGCUCCUCUCUGUACGGCAGCGGGGGAGGAGGAGGGAUGUACGGGGGACUGGAGCACGGAGGUGUUGGGGUCAGAGGUCACGCUAGUAGUAGUGCUGACUGGCAGAUGGACAGCGUGAUCGAACAGAUCGAGAAGCAAAUGGCGGCGGUGCUGGAGAAGAUCGAGGGGGACAUGCCCUCUCUCCUGGAACAGAUCAGUGACUGCCCCCCGCCUCCCGAACCCCCCCGCGGCCCCCGCAGCGCACACACCUCCCCCUCCUCACGCUCCCGCUCCUCCCAACACCAACCCUCCUCCACCUCUUCCCCCCCACCCCUCCCCACCUCCCCCAGACCCCCUCUCCCCUCCCUCCCCCACCUCAGCAUCCCCCCUCCCUCCUACCCCCCUCCCUCCCCGCCCACCCACUCCCCUGGCCAGCCAAUCUGCGAGCAGGAGGAGAGCGAGGGACAAAGGGGAGCGGUCCAUUCUAGCCAAUCCCCAUCCUCCAGGCCAGGGAGGGGCCUA